UGCCUGCUGAUAGAGCUGAGCCAGUGGCUGGCAGGGGCAUAAUCCAAUAGGCGAAACUGGAAACACAAAUUCAGUCCUCCUGUCUCAGCCCAGAAACUGAGCAGGCAAGGAAAGAAAGCUGCCCUGUCUCCCUCCUCCCCUCCGCUGGCCAAAAUUUACGCUGACUUCACCCAACAGGCACCUGACCCUCCCGAUGGGGUGGGAGGGGCUAAACCCAUGCACAGGGCCAUGGCAGGGGUGGAGGUGCAAACACAGGCAAUAUUUAAGAUGCUGUCUUGGUAGAGCAGUCAGGCUUGAGAAGGAAAGCAACAGGGCAUCCAUUAGGCUCCACUUUCAGAAACUCAAGCUUUGAGGAAGGCUAAGGAAGAGUGAGGAAAGAGAGAGCAGCAUAGUGAGGCCAUCCAGAGCGAGAGCAGAAGGCUUGCUGAAGAAGAGCCUUUUCACCCAGGCCCACGGAAGAUGCUGACAAAGACUCUGCUGACUGUGACCUGGCUCGGCAUUUUCAUCGUGGCCUUUGUCAGCCACCCGGUGUGGCUGCAAAAGCCCCCGAAGCGUAAGACACCUGCACAGGUCAAAGUGGCCGCCUGCUGCGAGGAGGUGAAGGAGCUCAAGGCGCAAGUGGCCAACCUGAGUGGUCUGCUGAGCGAACUGAGCCAGAAGCAGGAGAGGGACUGGGUCAGCGUGGUCAUGCAGGUGAUGGAGCUGGAGAGCACCAGCAAGCGCCUGGAGUCACGGCUCAUGGACGCUGAGACCAAGUACUCGGAGAUGAACAAUCAGCUGGACAUCAUGCAGCUGCAGGCGGCGCAGACUGUCACGCAGACCUCGGUAGAUGCCAUCUAUGACUGCUCUUCCCUCUACCAGAAGAACUACCACAUCUCUGGGGUGUACAAGCUUCCUCCGGAUGAAUUCCUGGGCAGCCCUGAGUUGGAGGUGUUCUGCGACAUGGAGACUUCGGGUGGAGGCUGGACCAUCAUCCAGAGACGGAGGAGUGGCCUUGUCUCCUUCUACCAGGACUGGAAGCAGUACAAGCAGGGCUUUGGCAGCAUCCGAGGGGACUUCUGGCUGGGUAACGAACACAUCCACCGGCUCACCAGACAGCCAACCCGGCUCCGUGUGGAACUCGAGGACUGGGAGGGUGAGGUGCGCUACGCCGAGUACAGCCACUUUGCUGUGGCCAACGAAAUGAACAGCUACCGCCUCUUCCUGGGGAACUACAGUGGCGACGCGGGGAACAAUGCCCUCCUCUACCACAACAACACAGCCUUCAGCACCAAGGACAAGGACAAUGACAACUGCCUGGAUAAGUGUGCGCAGCUCCGCAAAGGUGGAUACUGGUACAACUGCUGCACGGACUCCAACCUCAAUGGGGUCUACUACCGCCAGGGUGAUCACAAGCAGCACCUGGAUGGCAUCACCUGGUACGGCUGGCACGGCGCCAGCUACUCCCUCAAACGCGUGGAGAUGAAAAUCCGCCCUGAAGGCUUCAGGCCCUGAAAGGAGGCUGCUGAGGAGCAGGGCUACAGCAAGGGGAUGUGGAGACAGGGAGAGCCGUGUGGGACAGGGAGAGGCUGUAGAAAGGGCAGGAUGAGCAAUGGCCUGCAAUCACCAAGGUGAGAGUAACUCUCUGAGAAGCAUAAAAUAAUUUAAUAUAUGUGCCAUCCAAGCCAGCACAUGCACCCAAUAAAAUGGUUUGCACCAAGGAUGUCCCGGAAAUGGGAUGAAGCACUUAAACCCAGUGGAUCCUGCCACAUACCACUCAGGGACCGGGCGGAGUGGGCUCACUCUGUCCCUCAUCCCUGACAAAGCAACCGUUUAUCCACUUUCUCUAAGUUAUGUGAGGCAAAAAGCAAAUCCCUUUGCUAAAAAGAAUGUUAUUUUGACUCUCAAAGGUGAAGCUUGAGUGUUACAGAAAGGAGCAGAAGUGGGUAGGAGAGGAGAGGAAAUUCUGCUUUUAAAUCAAAUGAAAUCAUUUUUAGCAUACACAAAAGUUGUUGGGCUGGAGAUGAGCUGUGUCUGUUGAGGAGACCCCAGGGCCCUCGGGGAGUCGGACCCUUGGAGCCCCUCCCGUCACCUGGGUUAGGGAACAGCACCGAGAGGUGAGACAGGUCUGGUGCAGCAGGAAGCAUGGGGGCAGUGGGAAGGGGGUGCAGCCCCUCAUGGAGCCUCGCACAAACCCGCCUAUAACAGUCACAGUCAACAGCGACACACCUACUUUUAUUCACUUUGUGAGAAAUGAGCUCAAAGAGCUUCCUUUUUUAUCUUGUGGAUAAGAAAUGGCUGAAAAAUGAAGACAGGUGGAGCUAUGGUUAACAAUUCAAGCUGUAUAUAAGCAUCUUGCUUUGUAAAAAUAAAAUACUGUAAUUUGUGACUUAAA